CCUGUGGUGUAGGUGUAUCUCUAACAUAAAGCCCCGUUUCCUUGUCUCGUGGGUCCUGCCUCGUGCCACUUCUGCCUCCCGCGGAGUCUUCACGGGCUCACCUACACAGUGGCACAGGCCUGCCUCUCUCUUCUCUGGCCAAAGGGGGUACAGGGCUAAAGGGGGGGGGCAGAAGGUAGAGGGGAGUGCGGAAGUUCAGGAGCUGCUGCUGGGUGGCGCAGGUGCAGGCGCUGGGUGGUGUCUGUUCUUACACUCAUCCUUCCCCUCCCCCUUCCUCCCCGGAAACCAGUGACUUUGCCAUCAGCAGUAUUGGGGAUGAUGAGCUAUGGGGGCCAGGCCCAGGGAGGGGUGGGAGUAAGAGGGGGCUGCUGCAGCUGUCAGGCCAUAAGCCAGGCUUACACCUAGGCUCCAGGCAAGGCGCCUGCAGACUUGGUGCCCGCGUCAGCAGUCAUGAGCAUAGGUAACAACUCCACGCUAGCACCCGGAAUUCCCUUCUUUUCCGAGGCCUGGGGAUUGUGGGCCCUCUUAGGGGUUGUGACGCUGAUGCUUCUCAUCUCACUGGCUGUACACUUGACCCGAUGGACAAGUGGCCGGAGCAGGAGCCAUCCAAGAGAGGGACAUUCCGGAGGGUCUGUGGAAGAGGUUCCCCUCUAUGGGAACCUACAUUAUCUGCAGACAGGACGGCUGUCUCAAGAACCAGGGCAAGACCAGCAGGCUCCAACGCAGGGAGGCCCCACCAGGGCUGCAGAGGAAGUGAUGUGCUAUACCAGCCUGCAGCUGCGGCCUCCUCAGGGCCGAAUCCCGAGCCCUGGAACGCCCAUCAAGUACUCAGAGGUGGUGCUGGACUCUGAGACAAAGCCCCAGACCUCAGGCCUGGAGUCGGAGCUCUACGCCUCAGUGUGUGCCCAGACCCGCAGAGGCCGGGCUUCCUUCCCAGACCAGGCCUACGCCAACAGCCAGACUGCACCCAGCUGAGCUGGAGGGCCCGGCACAGCGAGGCACGCAAUUCUGCAGCCUCCUCUGUUGCAGGGGUAACUGCUGUCUGUCCAGGGCAUGACUAUUUCCCAAAAAAACCCCAAAGACAGUCAGCCAUUGCCUAGUCACCCGAGGUGAUGUUCCCCACACCUCCUAGGCCUGGGGAUGUAAUGACCCGUGAGGGAGAUAUCUCGGGGAAAAGCAGGCCCCUAGUUUCUUGAGGAUGGAGAGAACAGAGGCAGUGGCCCCCUCCCCACCUCUUUUUCUAUAGAUUCUUCCCAGUCCCCAAACUCCCAGGUUCUCACUUCCUCCUCCUUCUGGAGUUUUACCAGAUCCCCCUUCUAUUGCUCUCUUGCAGUGCACCCCUGACACCUCUGUGUCUCCUCCAACACAGGCAGUGGGCAGUGGGGGAGGGGGAAGAGCCUAAGAGGACCUUGGUGGAUACACCCCUGGGGAGGCCACAAGCUGCAGGGGGCCUGGAACCAGCAACCUGAGGAACCCAAGCCUGGCUUCUGAUUUGAGAACAGUGGCAGGAGAAUAGCAGUCUCCAUCCUGCUGCCUCUGUCGUGUCCCCAAGUUUUAAAAUAAAACUUCCCCAAAAGUGUUUGGAUUUUACCUAGCGGACCACAGACCUGCAAUAGAUCCUACAUGGUGGGAUUGUGAGCUUUGCUGCCCACACGGAGCACCGCCCACUGCCUCAGGGAAGGCAGGGGUGGGUCCCAGAGUGGGGGCCAGAGCCCAGCUCUUCGGAUGCUGGCGCUGCUGCUAGAACACCCCCAGAACCUACACUCACAGCCACCCCACUCCCAUCACCUGGAGUCGGCAAGCUCACCAGCCACUGACCUACUCUCCCCAUGGACUGUACAACCGUGCUGUGCCCCCCACAACCCGUGGUCUAGGCCAUCUUCCCAUAGGGAGAUGCAGGUCCGCCUUGCCAGACCUGAGGGUCUGAGGGGCAGAAGAAAGGGGAAGCUCAGGCUUUUUCUUUCAAAGGUCUCAGAACCAUGUGCCUAAGACCUGCCUGGUGGUCCCAAUAAAAAGGGGGACCUUUUCUGCUGUGCGCGCACACACACACACACACACACACACACACACACUAAUCAGGGGUGUCCAACCUGUGACCCACAGGCUGUAUGCAUCUCAGGAUGGCUAUAAAUGUGGCACAACAUAAAACUGUAAAUUUACUUAA